AUGACUGUUGCAUUCCCGGGCUACUUGACGGUGCGGCGCAAGAAAAAGUUCCCUGCUGGACCAGCAGACAUGCGGACCAACAUGGUUUUUGACGAUGACAGGACUCAGCUGCAGGAGUUGUGUGCCCGCCUCCAUUGGGACUUUGGUCUGCUCUGCCAGAUCGCGGCAGAGUGGGAGGCACGAAACAGCAGCGACGCGAGCAUGUUUGGAUUCGACUCCACCAUCUUCUUCUGCGAAACUGUAUGGGGAGUCGAAAAGUGUCGGCGCAGCCAGUGGACUUCGAGUAUCCAGCUGAAAUAUACCGAAGCAUUCAAUCAGGUGUACCUAGAUGUCAGAAGCUGUCUCCGCCCCAUAGACAGCAAAGGGAAAGGCGAGGGUUCAUCUGCGAUUGUGCCCUUUUUCGAGGCGCAGUCUGUGGAACAACAUCACAGUCCAAGUCAGCAUCUGCCGAACUCGGAGUAG